GACUUUGGACUGAUGGCUGGUUUCAGGGGUAGACUCGCGCCGCGGGGGCGAUGAGCGCACUUCCGUUUAUUUCUCUUAAAUUUAUCUGUUCUUGUUGUUACUGGUUUACUUGUCUUGUCAUACUGAUUCGUCCUACUUGUUACCUAACAUCAGCCUCAUUUGUUUAUAAAGAUUUAACUGGUAUUUAUAUUAACAACAGUUACGUUAACAAUAACAAUAAUAUAAGUUACCCUAGUGUAAGUAGUAGUAGUAGCGUUAGGAGUGAAAGGAAUUAUUUGAGGGUAAAUGACUCCCGGGAUGGGACGAACAAUGUGAUAACUAAUGAUUUUGUGCUGAGUGGUGAAGGUGUGGAUCGUGAUAGCAAUCAUGCUCAUGUUGAUAAUAAUCAUGAUGAUGAUGGUAGUUUUUUUAAUGAGAAACGAAACAAACGUGCAGUUACUGGAGAAGAUUUUUAUGAUGAAAAUACUGAUAUGUCGUACGAUGAAGAUGACGAGGAUGAUUAUGGUCAAACCAACAGCACAGAGAAGGGGCGACUCCUUGGCGCGCCGUGUGAAAACACCUGCAAUCCGGACCUGCAGCACGUCGUUUGCGACGCAGUCACCGGAUUAUGCGAGUGUGAUAAAUCGUAUCCCGUUAAGCUUGGGCCAACAAAAGGAUGUGCGAAACCAAAAAGACUCGGAGAGCAGUGUUACUAUCGAGCAACCUGCACCUUUUCGGAUCAACACUCAACCUGUACCCAAGUACUUCAUAAUGCAGUAUGCGAUUGCAGCGAAGGAUAUCACAGAGUUGCUGCUGGAAGGUCUAAUAAAAAAGCCUUUUGUGCAGAAGAUUUGGUGCUGAUAUCAACUGAUAUGUCGACUCUGCUGGGAAUAGCAUCAGGCAUAGCUGUAUUGACAGGACUCAUGUGCUUCGUCUUGAAGCUAUUCAGCCGUGCGAGGUACUCGAGACCUCGACAUUACGCCAACGCCAAUCACGCUCCCCCCAUGCUUUUUUCUAGUGAUACAGGAAUCCCAUUGACGCUUUCGGGCAGACCAUCAUCGCGUUCAAGUCAAAGAAGUGAUGGCGACCCGCUAAAUUGCUCGACAUUUCGUCGUCCCAGCAGUGGAGGAAGUAGAGGACCUCUUGUGCCGGCUUCAAGAGCAGGUGCGGCUCGUGCCGCCGCCAUCUUGCUUAUUUCGUGUCAUCUUCAGGCUACUAAGGACGGAACCAAGCACCGACGAACCCUCAGUGACGUUGCUGAGGGAUCCACUGACGGCCUUGGUUCCCGAAGACCGAGCUUGGCGUCGCUGCACAGUUCGGUAUCUUCGGCGCGGAGCUACAGCGCCAAGAGAUUGGAACGGGAGAGAAAUGAAAAAGAACAAAGACAAGCGCUACAGGAAUUGAGGAUGUCGCGUCAACGUGAUUCAGAUGCGAGCCAGCAGCAAUUGGGACAGCAACAGCAGCAACAGAAUCAACAUCAACAUCAACAUCAACAAUUGCAAUUGCAGCAGCAAACUAACACACCUUGUCCUAGUCCACGGACUCCGCAUUCAACUGAUGAGUUAUUGCCUGCUGUUGAGGAAGGCAAAGAAGCAUUUUAUAAUGAGGCACCAACAACUUCUGGUACAUCACAACUUCCAAGUACGUCAAGAUCAAAACUUACCCACCAAAAAUCGCUGUCAUCAUUACCAUUAACAACAACCGCAGUUACCUCAUCAACGACAGUAUCAUCAACAAUGCCAUCAAAAAAAAAGCGUAAUGUUAAUAAUGAAACGGCCUUUACAACUUCAUCUGCCGUGUGUACAACAGCCUUUAAUAAUAACCGCGACACCGGCAACUGUUCCAACGUAGUUGAUAUUUUUGAAUCAUAGACCAAAUUUUUUAAUUUAUUAUUCAAUAACGUUUCAAAAAAUUAAUAUUCAAAGUGACGUGACUUUUUUGAAUCACUUGUCAUUGGCAAGUGGAACUUGAUCGAAUUUACUUUUAAUUAGAGUUUUAAAAAUAUUAUAUUUAUUUCUAAUUGGAUAUUUGAAUAGAAAUAAAUUUAUAUAGUGCCAAAAUUCAGGUAUUAAAAUAUGUGAUUAUACAAGAAAAAAAAAUUUCCCAGGUUUUCAAGAAAUUAAUUUUGAUUUUUUUUCAUUCAUUUACCAAAUUUGAAAAAAGUUUUUAAUUUUCAAUUUGAAAAAUUCGGUUCCAUACCUAAUGAACUUCGA